CCCCCGCCCGCGGUGCGCGCGCUGGCCCGGCAGCAUGGCGGCGGCGGCGGGCGCCCCUCAGCCGGGUCCGCCUCAGCCGUCUCCGCCGCCGCCGCCCGAGGAGUCGUCGGACAGCGAGCCCGAGGCGGAGCCCGGCUCCCCGCAGAAGCUCAUCCGCAAGGUGUCCACGUCGGGCCAGAUCCGCCAGAAGACCAUCCUCAAAGAGGGCAUGCUGACCAAACAGAACAACUCAUUCCAGCGAUCAAAAAGGAGGUACUUCAAGCUUCGAGGACGAACGCUGUACUAUGCCAAAACUGCCAAGUCGAUCAUAUUUGACGAGGUGGAUCUGACAGAUGCCAGCGUGGCCGAGUCCAGCACCAAAAACGUCAACAACAGCUUCACGGUCAUCACUCCAUGUAGGAAGCUCAUCCUGUGUGCGGACAACAGGAAAGAGAUGGAAGACUGGAUCGCGGCCCUGAGGACUGUCCAGAGCAAGGAGCAUUUUGAGCCCACACAGUACAGCAUGGACCACUUCUCAGGGAUGCACAACUGGUACGCCUGCUCCCAUGCCAGGCCGACCUACUGCAAUGUGUGCCGGGAGGCGCUCUCUGGUGUCACGUCCCAUGGGCUGUCCUGUGAAGUGUGCAAGUUCAAGGCCCACAAACGGUGUGCUGUGCGCGCAACCAAUAACUGCAAGUGGACCACGCUGGCCUCCAUCGGGAAGGACAUCAUUGAGGAUGAGGAUGGGAUUGCCAUGCCCCACCAGUGGCUAGAGGGAAACCUGCCGGUGAGCGCCAAGUGCAUCGUGUGCGACAAGACCUGUGGCAGUGUGCUGCGCCUGCAGGACUGGCGCUGCCUGUGGUGCAAAGCUAUGGUACACACAUCGUGCAAGGACUCCUUACUGACCAAAUGCCCGCUGGGCCUGUGUAAAGUGUCCGUCAUCCCUCCCACGGCCCUCAACAGCAUCGACUCUGAUGGGUUCUGGAAGGCUACUUGUCCUCCGUCCUGCACCAGCCCCCUGCUGGUCUUUGUCAAUUCCAAGAGCGGAGACAACCAGGGUGUGAAGUUCCUCCGAAGAUUCAAGCAGCUGCUGAACCCCGCCCAGGUCUUUGACCUCAUGAAUGGCGGGCCACACCUUGGCUUACGGUUGUUCCAGAAGUUUGACACGUUCCGGAUCCUGGUUUGUGGCGGGGAUGGCAGUGUGGGCUGGGUCCUCUCUGAAAUCGACAGCCUCAACCUUCACAAACAGUGUCAGUUGGGAGUUCUGCCCCUCGGGACGGGGAACGACCUGGCCCGUGUGCUUGGCUGGGGCUCAGCCUGUGACGAUGACACGCAGCUCCCGCAGAUCCUGGCGAAGCUGGAGAGGGCAAGCACCAAGAUGCUGGACAGGUGGAGCGUCAUGGCGUACGAGACCAAACUGCCCCGGCAGACCUCCUCGUCCACUGUCACUGAGGACUUCAGUGAGGAUUCCGAGGUGCAGCAGAUUCUCUUCUAUGAAGACUCGGUGGCAGCCCAUCUCUCCAAGAUCCUGACCUCAGACCAGCACUCAGUGGUGAUCUCCUCCGCCAAGGUGCUUUGUGAGACUGUGAAGGACUUUGUGGCCCGGGUCGGGAAGGCCUACGAGAAGGCGACAGAGAGCUCGGAGGAGUCUGAGGUCAUGGCCAAGAAGUGCUCCGUCCUCAAAGAGAAGCUGGAUUCCCUCCUCAAGACACUGGACGAUGAGUCCCAGGCCACGUCCUCACUGCCCAACCCGCCCCCGACCAUCGCCGAGGAGGCUGAGGACGGGGAUGGGGCGGGUGGCAGCUGUGGCUCUGCUAUGGGCCGCUCCGUGGGCCCAGCAUGCCCGGCCCGGCCCCAGAUCUUCCGGCCUCGGGAGCAGCUCAUGCUGAGAGCCAACAGCCUGAAGAAGGCCGUUCGCCAGAUCAUCGAGCAUGCCGAGAAAGCCGUCGAUGAGCAGAACGCCCAGACCCAGGAGCAGGAGGGUUUUGUCCUGAGCUUCUCCACACCCGAUGAGAAGAAAGACCUGAAGGCGGAGGACCGGGCGUGCGUGCCUCUGCUCCCCGGCGAGGGCUGUGGGGCCACCAAGGGCAGGAGCCUCCGCAAAGCGUCCAGGUCCCCCUGUGAGAAGCUGAUGAGCAAAGGAGGUGUGGCCCCGGGCAGCUCGGCCUCUCUUCCUCCCCAUACUGGAGCCCGGGAUGGGCUGCCUGCACUCAACACCAAGAUCCUGUACCCAAGUGUCCGUGCCGGCAUGUCUGGCUCCCUGCCUGGGGGCUCAGUCAUCAGCCGCCUGCUGAUCAGUGCUGACCCCUUCACCUCAGAGCCAGAGAACCUAGAGUGUUACACAGAGAAGUGUGUCAUGAACAACUAUUUUGGCAUUGGCCUGGAUGCGAAGAUAUCCCUGGAUUUCAACAACAAGCGGGACGAGCACCCAGAGAAGUGCAGGAGCAGGACCAAGAACAUGAUGUGGUAUGGGGUUCUUGGCACCAAAGAAUUGCUACAUCGAACCUACCGGAACCUGGAGCAGAAGGUUCUGCUGGAGUGUGACGGGCGGCCCAUCCCCCUCCCCAGUCUGCAGGGGAUUGCUGUGCUCAACAUUCCCAGCUAUGCCGGGGGGACCAACUUCUGGGGAGGCACCAAGGAGGAUGACACUUUCACGGCACCGUCUUUCGAUGACAAGAUCCUGGAGGUGGUGGCUGUGUUUGGCAGCAUGCAGAUGGCAGUGUCCCGCGUCAUCAGGCUGCAGCAUCACCGAAUCGCCCAGUGUCGCACAGUGAAGAUCUCCAUCCUGGGGGAUGAGGGCGUCCCGGUGCAGGUGGAUGGGGAGGCCUGGAUCCAGCCCCCAGGCUACAUCCGCAUCAUCCACAAGAACCGGGCACAGACGCUCACCCGAGACCGGGCCUUCGAGAACACCCUCAAAUCGUGGGAGGACAAGCAGAAGUGUGAGCUGCCACGGCCACCAUCCUUCUCACUGCACCCCGAGAUCCUGUCUGAGGAAGAGGCCACCCACAUGGACCAGUUUGGGCAGGCUGCGGGGGUCCUCAUUCACAGUAUCCGGGAGAUAGCUCAGUCGCACCGAGACAUGGAGCAGGAACUUGCACACGCGGUCAAUGCCAGCUCCAAGGCCAUGGACCGAGUAUAUGGCAAGCCCAGAGCUGCUGAGGGGCUUAAUGGCAGCUUUGUCGUGGAGAUGGUGAACAACAUGCGUGCCCUGCGCAGCGAGACGGAGCUGCUGCUGGCUGGGAAGAUGGCCCUGCAGCUGGAGCCCCCCCAGAAGGAGCGACUGGGGGCCGCCCUGGCCGAGAUGGACCAGCAGCUCAGAAAGCUGGCUGACAUGCCUUGGCUGUGCCAGCUCCCGGAGCCCAGUGACGAAGAGACUGGGAUGCUGGACCCCUCCAAACGCGGCCGCAGUGGCAAGUUCCGCCUGGUGACCAAGUUUAAGAAGGAGAAAACCAACAAGGACAGAGCAGCUCUGGGCCGCCUGGGAGCCCCUGUGCACCUCUGGGGGACAACGGAGGUGGCUGCCUGGCUGGAGCGCCUCGGCCUCUGUGAGUAUAAGGACACCUUCACAAGGCACGACAUCCAGGGCUCCGAGCUCCUGCACCUGGAGCGCAGGGACCUCAAGGACCUCGGCGUGACCAAAGUGGGCCACGUGAAGAGGAUCCUGUGUGGGAUCAAGGAGCUGAGCCGGAACACACCUGCCGCCGAGGCCUAGCCUCUGCCUUCUUGGCCUGCGUGCCCUGGGCCUCCCGCCACUGAAGCCCAGGCCCUCCUCAUGGUGCUAUCCCCUUGCCGGUGGCACGAAGCCUCUCCUGCGCCCCUCACAGCUCUAGGGGCUCGGACACACCAACAUGGCUACCUACUGGGUGGACUGUGUGUGCCCAGCUCCCCUCGCCCACCGUGUCCUGCAGGCCUCACUCUGUUGUUGAACAGCCAUGUGUGUGGCACCAACACCCCAGGCUCGGGCGGCCCCGCUGUGCUGCUGGCUGAGGGCCGAGGUGUGCUCUCCUGGGCAGGACCUAGGACCAGAACUGG